AUGGCUGGCAACAAGAAAAAGAAGAAGCCCGCUGCUAACCCGGCACGCGGCUUUGCGACUACCUCGAUUGCCUCCAAACCCCGGCCUGAAGUAUCCGACUCGGAAGCAAAGCCGUUGGCCGAUGGUGUUUCUGGUGCCUCUGCCCCUCCAUCCAAGGAAAAUGCCCCGCCAUCCGCAAAGUCCACGACUGGUGAUGGUCAUGGCAGUACUACUGCCCAGCAGACCAGCGAGGACAAGCCCUUGAGCCCCGAAGAGUUUGAAAAGCAGCUUGAAGAGUCCGAGCUGCAGCUCCUCGUCGAGAAGCAUUCCCAGAAAACCAAGCGUGAUGCCCAGCGACAACGAACUCGACUCGAAACUGACCGACGCCUGCUCCGUAGCCAGGCUGAUCUGGUCAAUGCUCCAAAAUGGCUACCUCCAGACCUGGUGGAACAUAUUCUCGACCUCAUCAAGGCAGAGAUGAGGUUUGCCGGGUCAAGCUUGUCAUCCGAAAAUGUUGGCACUGGAAAGCUUCCGUCCGAGGAGGACAUGAUUGUUCGGCUGUGGACCUUGCGCCAGACCUUGGCCGCUGCUGGAUUUCCCGAAGCACGAGUGGAAGCUGUUCUUAAACACAUUUUGGAUAUUGCCACCAAUGUUUCUUCUUCUGUCAAAGACUCCAUCUGGGGCCUGGAUGAGUCCUUGGAGUGGCUUGCCCGAGAGUGCCCUGCCGAGGAACUUCCCUUAUACGAAUUCAAGGGCAAGCCUAUUUCCAGAGAUACCCCUACAGAUACCCCGAACGCAUCACGCCCCGGUACUCCCAAGCCUCUGUCACUCAGCUCCGGCAAGAACAAAGCAAAUACUCGAGGAAGCAAGUCUGCAUCGCCAAAUAAAAAGCUUGUCAUGACAUACGACCUAGAUAUAGAACCCGAAGAUCUGAUACCCGAAUACGUUUCCGCAAGAGCAAAGCAUCUCGAGCUCAGCCGUAGCGUUAGACCAACCGAUAGCGAGGACAAGACACAACUAGAGAUUGCUAAGCUUGAAGCUAAAAUAAAAAAGAUCGAGAGUGACGUUCUUUUCGAUAAGUUCAAUGCCGACCUUAGGUGGAAAUCCGAGAAGAUCCUUGUCGAAAGACAACUGGCUGCUGCCAAGAAGGAAGCACAAGCUGCGGCAGAGGAACUCGGAUCGAAAGCAGAGCAAACACCAGAAGCCAAUGCCGACGACAGUGUAAACGAUGAGGCGGAUCGUAUUGCUGCGGAAAUUUUGGCUCAAGAAGAUGAAGAUAGCGACGCCAUUGCUGGACUAUUCGCAUCCCUCCCACAGAAUGAGGUGGAUCCAAACACGGGUAAAACGCAGACUGUCAUUACCGCUGCAGAUGGUACUAAACUUGUCCUUCGAGACUUUGGGAAAUGGACAGGAGUGGGCCCUAGAAGAGUUUUGGAGGACUCUUGUCGCUCCAGAGACCCGUCAGUCAGAAUGACGUAUACUGUAGUCUCUGAAGCUACAUUUGCUAGCCGCCAAUCUGUUGAUAUUUGGUGGACAAAAGCUCAGGAGCUGCCUCACGUCUUGCCCGAUUCGGACGUCGAAGUCGCCGCUGACGCGACGCAUUUCACCUUCACGAUGAAAAGUGUUGCUGUGUCUGAUGCCAAACAAUCCGAGGCCUACAUCUCCACUGCGGCCCUUUUCCACAUAUUUAACGGUAAUUCGAAGGAUGAGAAAGUUAGUCUAAGACUACCCCCUGUUUGGAAAGAUCUUUGGUCAGAAAUGGCAGAAGCGAAGAAGGACUAUAUGGAUACUCAGGAUCGCGAAGCAGUGAGGUCGUUGAGAACCAUGGUUCGCCAACGACAAGAUCAAGAGCUAGAAGAUGGAGUUAUUGCCUUCCGAGGCCGUGGGGCAGCUAAAAACUCACCAGAUUCGACACAAAAUGGAUCCUUGGAUCGCUCAAGACUAAACACUGCUGGUGUAGAAUCGUUGCAGAAAAUUUGGUAUGACAAGGCUAGGGGUGAAAAGUUCCAAUCCAUGUUGAAAUUCCGAAUGCAGCUCCCCAUGUGGCAGUUUCGACCACAAGUCCUUGCGGCUGUUGACGACAACCAAGUCGUCAUUGUCUGUGGAGAGACGGGAUGCGGCAAGAGCACGCAAGUACCUGCAUUUUUGCUGGAACACGAACUAUCUCAAGGCAGGCACUGCAAAAUAUACUGUACAGAACCUCGCAGAAUUUCGGCCAUCUCUCUGGCCAGGCGCGUAAGCGACGAACUUGGUGAAAACAAGGGUGAUUUAGGUACCAACAGAUCACUUGUGGGAUACUCCAUUCGUCUUGAAGCCAACACAUCUCGGGAGACGAGACUGGUUUUCGCUACGACUGGUAUUGUUAUGCGAAUGUUGGAGGGAUCCAACGAUCUCCGUGAGGUGACACAUUUGAUUCUUGACGAGGUUCACGAACGAUCUAUCGACAGCGAUUUCCUUCUCAUCGUCCUCAAGAGGCUCUUGACGAAGAGAAAAGACCUCAAGGUUGUGCUUAUGUCUGCCACAGUGGACGCCGAACGGUUCUCGGCAUAUUUGGGUGGCGCACCAAUUCUGAAUGUACCUGGUCGAACAUUCCCAGUGGAUGUACGCUAUCUGGAAGAUGUUGUUGAACUCACAGGAUACCGCCCGAGCGACUCGCCUGAGGAGAAGAUGGUCGAUCUUGAUGAUGAUGUUGUGGAGGGAGAGGGCAACGGUCCAAAGAGUGAAAUCUCUUCGAGCUUAUCGGCCUACUCUCCGCAGACAAGAAGCACAUUAACUCAAUUGGACGAAUACCGCAUCGACUUCGACCUAAUUCUACAGCUCAUGGUGCGUAUUGCCUCGGAUGAGUCCCUCGCAUUUUACAGCAAGGCAAUCCUAGUAUUUUUGCCAGGUAUUGCUGAAAUUCGAACUCUCAACGACAUGCUCCUUGGAGACCCGCGAUUCGCCAAAGACUGGCUGGUAUACCCUCUCCAUUCCUCUAUUGCUACUGAGGACCAAGAAUCGGCCUUCCUCGUACCACCUCCAGGAGUGCGCAAGAUUGUGCUCGCCACCAACAUCGCCGAGACUGGUAUUACAAUCCCGGAUGUCACUUGCGUUAUCGACACCGGAAAGCAUCGCGAGAUGCGUUUUGACGAGAAGAAACAGCUAUCUCGACUAAUUGAUACCUUUAUUUCUAGAGCCAACGCGAAACAAAGGCGAGGCCGUGCAGGUCGUGUUCAAAAUGGGUUAUGCUUCCAUAUGUUCACCAAGUAUCGACACGACUGUAUUAUGAGUGACCAGCAGACGCCUGAAAUGCUUCGUUUAUCUCUACAGGACCUGGCUAUUCGCGUCAAGAUUUGCAAGAUUGGCGGGAUCGAGGAGACACUUAGUGAUGCCCUGGAUGCUCCAUCGGCUAAGAAUAUUCGCCGUGCUAUUGAUGCAUUGGUAGAUGUUCGUGCCUUGACAACAGCCGAGGAACUCACUCCUUUGGGCCACCAGCUCGCGAGAUUACCUCUUGAUGUGUUCCUGGGUAAGCUUAUCCUGUUGGGCACGGUAUUCAAAUGCCUCGACAUGUCUAUCACCGUUGCCGCUAUUCUCUCAUCAAAGUCACCCUUUUCUGCGCCCUGGGGUCAGCGUGCACAAGCCGAUAAUGCACGAAUGGCCUUCCGUCGAGCAGAUUCCGAUCUUCUCACUAUAUACAACGCCUACCUUGCCUGGAAGCGAGUAUGCCAAGCCAACAGCGGCGGGGGCAAAGAAUUUCAAUUCUGUCGCAAGAAUUUCCUCAGUCAGCAGACGCUGGCCAAUAUCGAAGACUUGAAGGGUCAGCUGCUUGUAUCCCUAGCAGACUCGGGUUUCCUCUCCUUAACAGAGGAAGAGCGCCGUACACUCGCACGUCUUCGAUUUGCACAAGGCCGUCGACGCCAGCAAAACUUUUACGAAGUUCCUCGACGAGUCAACAUCAAUAGUGAAAACGACUUGAUUUCCUCAUCAGUCAUUGCCUGGAGCUUCUACCCCAAGCUUCUUGUUCGCGAUACACCCGGUACGAAAGGCCUCCGUAACAUUGGCAAUAAUCAGAACAUUAGUUUGCACCCGUCCUCCGUGAAUAGAGGCUUCUUGGACAUUAAAUGGCUAUCCUACUAUCACAUUAUGCAGUCAAAGACUGUUUAUCACGCGCAUGAAACCACUGCGGUUGAACCAUUUGCCAUUGCCCUUCUUUGCGGCGACGUCCGCUGCGAUAUGUUCUCGGGUGUAAUUGUCCUCGACGGUAACAGAGGACGCUUCGCGCUACCGGACUGGAAGACUAUGCUCGUUCUCAAAGUCCUCCGUACUCGACUCCGCGAAUUACUUACUCGUUCGUUCAAACAACCGGGUAAAUUACCAACUGCCCAGCAAGAGAAAUGGCUAGAAGUGUGGCAGAAGUUGUUCACGCAAGAUCAGAGGGACGAUGGAAAGAGCAGUGGUGUAUCUGUGGCUGUGGCUAAGGCAUAG